AUGGUUCUCUCAUUUAUCAUCGUCCAGAACCGGCAAGGUAAAACACGCCUGGCAAAGUGGUAUGCGCCUUAUAAUGAUGACGAGAAAGUGAGAUUAAAGGGCGAGGUACAUCGCCUUGUUGCCCCGCGGGAUCAAAAAUAUCAAUCGAACUUCGUGGAGUUUAAGCGAAGCACCAAGAUAGUUUACAGACGAUAUGCGGGGUUGUUCUUUUGUGUUUGUGUCGAUGCGAACGAUAAUGAACUAGCAUACCUUGAGGCCAUACAUUUCUUUGUGGAGGUUCUUGAUCAAUUUUUCGGCAAUGUUUGCGAGUUGGAUCUCGUCUUUAAUUUUUACAAGGUUUACGCAAUUCUUGACGAAGUGUUUCUUGCUGGUGAAAUACAAGAGACAAGUAAGCAAGUUGUGUUGACGAGAUUGGAGCAUCUGGAUAAACUUGAAUGA